ACAGAACCAAAAUCUGAUUCUUGAUUUUCUCACUCCACGAUUUCCCAGAACACAAAAGGACUUUUAAUUAGACGAAGCUGAAGAAGAACAAGAGGAAGCUGGUAGAAACUUUGACCUGAACAAAUCGGAAGAACUACUAUUAGACCUUUUUGAAUUUGGGGAACGAAAUGGUUGAAGAGAUUGGACGGUGUUGAGAAAACCCUAGGGGUUAUGGAGAGGUCUAGAUCCAAGAGAUCGUACUACUAUGACCAGCACCAGGACUACGACGCCGAGCCGGUACAACAACGGCAACGGCCUCGGUACAACAACCACCACUACGCCAACGGAAACAACGGCGGCGGAGGCGGUAGAAAUCACCGGCAUAACAGCGGCGGCGGCGGAGGUAGGGCGGCGGCGGUGAAGACGGGGCAGCAGGAGGCGGCGUCGGCGGCGGUGACGACGUCGUAUCGGAUACUGUGCCACGAUAUGAAGGCGGGAGGGGUGAUAGGGAAGUCCGGGAGCAUAAUCAAGUCGAUCCGGCAGCACACCGGCGCGUGGAUCAACGUGCACGAGCUGGUCCCCGGCGACGAGGAGCGGAUCAUCGAGAUUUCCGACACGCGGCGGCGGGACCCGGAGGGGAGAAUGCCGGCGUUCUCGCCGGCGCAGGAGGCGCUGUUUCUGGUCCACGAGCGGAUUCUGGAGAGCGAGGUCGGCGGCGGCGGGGCGGAGGAGGAGGACGAGUACGGCGGAGGCGGAGGAGGAAACAGAGGGACACGUGUCGCGACGAGGCUUGUGGUGUCGAGGAUGCAUGUGGGGAGUUUGCUGGGGAAAGGAGGGAAGAUAAUAGAGCAAAUGAGGAUGGAGACUAAGACGCAGAUUAGGGUUUUGCCGAGAGAUCAUAACCUGCCGCGAUGUGUUUCAAUGUCUGAGGAGAUUGUUCAGGUAGUAGGCGACCCGAAUAAUGUAAAGUCUGCUGUGGAAAUUAUUUCAUCUCGCUUGAGGGAGAGCCAGCACCGUGACCGCAAUAAUUUCCAUGGACGAGCUCAUUCACCAGAACGGUUCUUUCCUCCUGAGGAUGAUUAUAUUCCUCACAUGAACAAUGCAGGACGUAAGUCGUCCAUGGAUGGGUCUGGUUACGGAUCAAGAUUAUCCGGCCACAAUACGAGGAACAACAACUAUGGCUCACGUUCAUCUGGUUAUAUGAUAGAACCAGGGUCUGUUCCAAUGGAUGAUAGUGUGCAGCCCUUUUAUGGAGAAGACCUUGUGUUUCGAAUGCUUUGCCCGGUUGAUAAAGUUGAUCUUGUCCUCGGAGAAUCUGAUGGAAUUAUAGAAUUGCUUCAAAAUGAAAUUGGUGUGGAUGUCAGGGCUACUGACCCUGUGGCCGGAGCAGAUGAACAGAUAAUCAUAAUUUCUUCUGAGGAGGGUCCUGAUGAUGAGCUGUUUCCGGCUCAGGAAGCUUUAUUGCAUAUCCAAACUCGUAUUGUUGAUCUGAUACCAGACAGAGAUAACAUUAUAACUACAAGGUUACUUGUUUCAUCAAGUGAUAUUGGAUGCUUGGAGGGAAGAGACGGGUCUUUAUCAGACAUGAGGCGACUUACUGGUGCAAAUAUACAAAUUCUGCCUAGAGAAGAACUUCCUCCGUGUGUAUCAGGGAAUGAUAUGCUUUUACAGAUAGUAGGGGAAAUAAAAGCAGCUCGAGAUGCUCUUGUUGAGGUGACAUCACGACUAAGGAGUCACUUAUACAGGGAGUUGUUUCAAAAGGAUACCAUGCCGCUUUCUGUGCCUGGCCCUGCAAGUAGUGCUCUUGAUUACAUAAAUCCUGUUCGUGAAGCUCGUACUGGAAAUGGCCCUUCUAUAGCUACCUAUCAGAAUGUGCAAACUACUCAGCCAUCUAAGGACUCUGGAGUGGUUGUCAGUGAAGCAGUAAAGCAGAAUGAAAAUGAAAGGCGUGAAGAUGUUCUGACUGGGCUGAAUAGUAGAAUACCCGUGACACUUGUCACUCGGAGUAUACUUGAAGUUGUCAUACCCGAGAAGGCUGUUUCAAAGCUCAUAACAAAAUCGAAAAACAUGCUUGCUCAGAUCAGUGAGUUAUCAGGAGCCAGGGUAACCCUGGUAGAGGAUAGUCCAGAGGUAGCCCAAAAGAUAAUUCAAAUUUCAGGCACUCCGGAGCAGACUGAGAGGGCUCAGAGCUUGCUCCAGGGUUUUAUCUUAAGCACACAAGAAGACGACCCUUGAAUGCACAGAAGCAACAUGGUUACCAAAUUUUGAGCUCAGCCUACUGGGGUAUUGCUGCUGUCAAGAUCGUUCCCGUAUUAUCCUACGCAAGGCAAGGAACUUUUUCGCUCCAGUUUAGGCACACAUAGAGCCUCUGUGAUAGAGGCUUCUGUGUUACUGUACCACUGUAAAUGUAAUAUCUGAACACGUUUUAGCUUUAGUCCCCCUGCCAUGUUUCAGUUUUCAUGUAUGAACUGGGCAGUAGAAACACAACCCAGUAACUGUUCUCUUUUAUGUUGUAUCGGCGACCAAUUCUCCACAUUCUGUUUGUUCUGCAAGAUGAAGCUAUUGAUAUGCAAGAGCAUAUCCAAUUUUAACAUACAUGACAACAUUCAGGUAGUCUUGGUAUAUGUAUAAUGUAACAUUGAAUGCUCAUGAUCAACCGUCCUUUUGUUUGUUACAUUCAGCUGAGCA